AUGCCUGCCAACAUUAUUCCAUAUUUAGAUAUAUUACCUGUUGAACUUAUAUAUCAUAUAUUAAAUUUUCUCGAUACGCAUACAAUACUUCUUUCAUUGCGUUAUGUUUGUAAACAUUUCUAUGUUAUCUCAAAUGUUUUUAAUCAAUGUAAAUUAAAUUUAAAUUCAUGUAGAAAAUCUGACUUUUAUCGUUUUUGUCGUAUUAUAAAUCCAUUAAAUGUCAUCUCCCUUAUUUUAUCCGAUGAUGAUAAAACACCGGGUCAAAUAGGUUUAUUUCUUUCACGUUUUAAUCUAAAACAAUUUAAUCAUCUGCGUUCUCUAAUACUUUUGGAGAUUGAUGAUUCAAAUUUAAAUGUUAUUCUGCAUGACUUACCCUAUUUAUUUUUGACAUCAUUAACAAUUAAAUCUCGACCAUCAUUAACGUGGACUCAACAAACAUUAGCAUAUCUUUCGAAAAUUCUUGAACAAUCUAGCCUAAAAGAACUUACAUUGAGUAUAUGGUGUUUUGAAAUAUAUGAUUUCGUUUGGCCUAAUCAAUGUCAAAUUGAAUAUCUUCAUAUAUCAAAUCGUAUAACAUUUGAACAAUAUUGUAUUUUACUUGAGCAAUGUUUAUUUUUACGAACAUUAAUUAUAAAAGAUGUCCUAUGGAAUGAUACAGAUAUUUCAGUUUCAAUUUUUUAUCGACAAUUGAACUCUUUAACCUUAGAAGACAAUCGUAUGGAUGUAUUUAAAUUAGAACAAUUUCUUUCAUUAACUCCCUCACUGAUCUAUUUAAAAGUUAUUGGUAUGGCAUAUUUAAUUGAUAGUUAUCUUUGGGAAAAAAUUCUUCGAAUAAAACUACCGAAUUUAAAUACAUUCGAAUUCUUUUUUCUAUCAUGGAAAGAUGUUAAUUAUAGUUUUUGUGAUAUUGAAUCUCUUAUACAACCAUUUCAAACAUCAUUUUGGUUAGAAAAUAAACAAUGGGCUGUAAAUUGUGAUUAUAUAAUUAAUCCAACUGAAGUUAUGCUAUAUUCAGUACCAAUAUGUAAAACUUCUUUUCAAUAUUAUGAUGAAGCAAAUAAAAUUUCAUGUUCAAAUUUUACAAAAAUGAAUAUUAAUCAAGCAAUGCUGGAUAAUAUUUGCCAAUUAAGAUUGAAUUUAAUCAAAGCUAUCAACCACGAGAAAAGCCUACAAACGCCUCAAUUGUCGACUUGUCCUUUAUUUCGUAAUGUAACCGAACUUACACUUGAUCUUGAUUAUAAAUGUCCAAAUACUUUAUUACAGUCAUUAUCGAACAUAAUCAAUCUUUCCACUAUUACUCAAGUUAUAUUCAACCUUAAUUAUGAUAUUGACUUUGAUUUACAUACGCGAACAAAUCUUAUAAAUAUCUUUAAACAAACGUCAAAUAUUCAGACAUUUGAAAUAUGCAAUAAUCUAUCUCCAAUUAACGCUUGUACAACAAUAGGAGAUAUAUGUUCAUUAAUUCCUUCCCAUAUUCAACAUUUAAAAAUUACAGUAAAAAAUGUAAAUGAGAUGAAAAUCGUAUUCGAUCGGUUUAAAUAUUUAUCAAGUAUAACAUUUCGAUUUUCAUUUGAUACAUCAAUUCCAUCAGCGAAAAUAAUCGAAUCGUUUUUGAAUAUAAAAAAUGAUUUAACUUAUAAAAACGAUGACUCUUCUAUACGAGUAUGGCUUAAUCAUUUUAUGGAUGAUCAAGAAACGCAAUUUAAAAUUUAUUGA